AUGGACCCGAUAUCUGCGAUCGGGUUUGCUUCGGCAAUUGUUCAGAUUUUAGGCGCACUUACGUCGACCGUCCAUGGCCUUUAUGAACUGCACGGAAAGUUCAGCGAUGCUGACUUUACAAUCCACUCGCUUAUCCAAGAGCUGAGCUGUAUCCAGACAGCGCUCACCAGUCUGAAAGAAUGGUAUCGCCUCAAUUCUUCCUCUGUGAUGGUAUCAGAGGAGUUUAAUGAACAACUGCUUACAGCGAUGGGUGGCUGUCAAAUCAUCAUGGAGGUUUUGUCUGAGGAAGUGAUGGCUUUGGUUCAAAGCAGUCGCAAUGACGGAACCGUUGGGUUUAGAUUUCGCAUCCGAGUCAUUUGGAAAGAAGAUAUCAUGAAAGGGCACCAGGAGAAACUGCAUGCGCAGGUCAUGGCCUUGCAGCUACUACUUCAGAGGUUGAUUGAUUCCGGCAGUCAUACAUCGCAAGAACAGAUCCGCCUAUUGAGACAGGCAACAACCCGCCGCAUCAUGCGCCGAGUUCGCAACGAUACCGAAACGUUGAUAUCCGCACGGAGUCAGGCCGCAUCUAGCGCGGCCAGCAUCUCACAGAACAGCAAUGUAACAGCCAGUGAUCGAGUCUUCGAUUUCAACGAUGCCCUCGUGGAUUCGCCGGUCUAUCGCAGGUCUCCUCAGCAACUCGUACCCUCAAUAGGGGGCUUCGGUAGUCAGACCGAUACCCAUAGUGGCCGAAGCCCAUUCACAGACGAGGGCUAUGCAAGCACUCCUACACGCAAUAGUAGCGUUACAAGACAGUCAUUUGAUGCGCCUCCACCGCAGCAAGAUCAUCUUCUCUUGCCUACUAGCCCAUCGGCACCAGUGCAUCCAGCUCACAGGAGAGCAACAUCUUAUCAAGACACGCCGCGCCCGGGCUUGCAGAAUAUGUCUCGAAGCAAGUCAGAUACCAAGGCAUUCAAAACACCGGAAAGAUCUGCUUCGAAACUCGAUAGGAUAUCUUCCCUGCUCCGCUUGAAUACCUCUAGCCGUCUCAAUCUGACCUCUGUAUCAUCAAAAGGCUCACCGAAAGUAGCCACUGGCGGAACUUUCACACGAAUCAAACCCAGACGAGAGCCUAAUCCGCAUAUCAGUAUUGACUUGACUGGCGCAGAUGCUGCCUCUAUUCCACAAAUUGUGAAGGCCGCCCAAGCCGGGUCUCGAGGCGAGGUAGCACGGCUCAUCGAAUAUGGCAUUAACAUUGAAGAACGACAUAAAGCAUCGGGUCGAAACGCGUUGCUUGUUGCUGCGCACUGUGGAAAGGAGGACGUCGUUGAGCUCCUAAUGGGGCAUCAUGCUCGACUAGAUGUGACAGAUGGGUCUGGGUGGACCGCGCUUCAUCUUGCAGCUUCACGUGGGCAUUGCAACGUCAUAUCCUUGCUUAUGGAAGAGAGCGACAUCGCCGAAGUUCCGAACUACCAAGGCCGCACAGCAUUGCGAAUUGCUGUUGACCGUAGCCAACACGAAGCACUCAGUAUGUUGCUCAUGCAUAAUGCUAAGGUCAACACACGUGCUGAGAAUCAAAUGACCACUUUGCACGUUGCUGCAAAGCAAGGUGAUGCGGAGAUUGUGCACAUACUUGUCUCAAACGGCGCUGAUAUCGAGGCCAAAGAUGCUACCAUGAUGUCAGCGUUGCACUAUGCAUGCGAGGCAGGUCAUGUGGAAGCCGUAUCGGUGCUUCUGGCUUAUAAGGCCAAUGUAGAAGCGGCCGGACGUGAUCGCAAAACGCCUUUGAUAUGUGCUGCCGAGGCAGGUCGAGCCCAGUGCGUCGAGUUCCUGUUGAAAUCCAAACAAAAGGCUUCGUCUAGUGGUGUGGAUGACACAGGAAUGACUGCCUUGCAUUGGGCUGCGUACAAUGGGCACGAAGAAACAGUGAACAUACUUAGCCAGAAGAAAGGAUCUCUGGUGAAAAUUAACGCAAUGGGACGAACGGCUUUGCACUUGGCCGUUAUCCAAACCCAAUUUGCUGUUGUUGAGCCCUUACUACGCAAGGGCGCUGAUCUCAACAGCAAAUGCGCGACAGGUCUUACUCCGCUUCAUUAUGCCUGUAUGGCAGACAGUAUUGACAUAGCAAGACUGUUACUCUUGGAGGGCGCCGACAUUGAAGCAUCAGAAUAUCAGCACCAGCAAAGACCUUUGCACAUUGCAGCAGCUCGGAGCUCAAUACACCUUUUGGAUCUUCUCUGUGACAAAGGUGCAUCAUUAGAUUCCCGGGACAGCGUUGGAGACCGGCCUCUUGGUGUAGCAUGUCGUUGUGGAAAUGUGUCUGCAGUGCGAAAGCUCUUGGAUCGAGGAUCUCCUCUAUAUAAAAAGCACGAAGCUACCUCCCGCAGCGACUCUCCUCUGUGCUUGGCCGCUAUGGCAGGUCAUCUGCCUGUGGUCUCGCUGCUGAUCGAGCGUGGCGCAUCCCCGUCAAAAAAGGACGAGGUCGGGUGGCAGCCUUUUCGCUAUGCCGCAUAUAACGGCCAUCUGGACGUGCUUCAGGCGUUGUUGGCUCGCACCAGUAUACCCGACAUGGAUGUCCCAGAUAUCAUUCGCAUGCCGGAGAUAAUUGGAUUUUCGCCCGAUGCUGUUAUAUCUGAAGACUGCAAGAGCCAGGUUAAAGAGCUUCUCAGUCAGGCUUUGACGGACUCUGGUCUGAUGCCUCCAACCCAUAUCCAAAGCAUACCCCAGACUGUGAGCCAAGUGAUUUCUCCUGCUCAGUAUUCACAAAUUCAUAAUGUCCGAGACUCUGGAAGCCCCUUGCCUCAAGAGCUUCCUGCCACUCUAGAGCAAGGGCUACCAAGCAGUCGUUCAACAACUCCCGAACGUGGUUAUCGGGCUGAGCCCCCAGAGUCCAUCGACCCCUUGUGGCAUGUUCGUCAACGAACUAGCGAUCAAAUUUCACCGCUAGUGAAUGGUCAGACACCUUCUUCCCGCAAUGAGUCCCGCACGGUAUCUCCUAUACGGCAAUCUGAACAGGACCACAGUAGAAGGAAUUCGAAUCGGCCUCCGGUCAGAGAGGAACCACCAGUAUCAGCCACCUUUAUGCCCCGGCAUAUUCCUGUGUGGCCCUCACAGACCCCUCAGAGAUCAUCCUUAACACCGUCUCGUCGCUCAAGGGUUGGGGGCUCUGGUGCUGUAGAUACGCCAGUGCAGUCUCGAAAUCAGGGUGAAGCGAUUCACGUUUCGAGAACAGUCCUUCCGCAGCGUGAAAGUAGAGUGUCGACUAUGUCGUCUGAAGAGCCAUCUGGAGGUACCCAAGCGACCAUUGAUGCUCACUCCGACCCAGAUUCGGAUUCGGAUUCGACAUCUUCUGUGUACACAGCACCUGAAGGGGAUGUUGACGCCGAUGCUGUGUCCAGGAUGGGAUACCGAAGCGGGCCGUACGAAAUGCCUGCUGAGAAUAUAGCGUGA